UUUGUAUGGGGUUCUGCUAAACUCUAGAGCCUCCCACGCCUUUAUAGCCCUGGCGAGACCUGCUACUGAUUGGUCUACCCCAGACUACAACUAGUCUUGCUACUACUACCGAGGGACGACGAGUAUCCUGUAACCAAUCGAGGUGCGAGACGGGUCCUUAUUCGAUCACCAACCUCAAUCCCUCCAAACCGGCACUGCACCUAGUCGCCUGCUUUCUCGGACUUAGAGCGCGCGCGUCGGAGGACAGGUCCUCCUUCGGUAGAGGACAGAUAUAGUAGUAGAAGCUUGGCGGUGGUGGUCAUGUCUUUCCAGGCUCCUCGGGACAAGUCCCCAUUUUCGUCCCAGCAACCUUUCCAGAACAAUUACUGGCGUGCUAGUCGAAGCCCCGGGACCAACGGGCUGCCUGGGUAUGGGUUUUCUCCCCCGACUGGCAUCUCCAACACCCUGAACAAUCCCCUCACCAGCGACCGCAUCCUUCCCAUGUACAAGGACAAGCCUUAUUUCGCACCACGGCGCACCGGUCCGAGAGCCAAGCGGCGAAAGAUCAUAUAUAGCGGAUUAUGCCUGUUUGCGCUGCUGUGUCUGUGGUACUACUCGGGCUCUGGCCAGCCAGAGUGGAAGACGCCGGACGGAGAGAAGGGCAUUGAGCUCUGGAAGUGGGUGCAAAGUUUGGAGGAGUCGGAACCAGCAUACGACGGUAGCUCGACCAAGAAGAAGAUUGACUGGGCGGCCAGGAGGGAAAAGGUCCGCGACGCAUUCAUCGUGAGCUGGGACGGGUAUGCCACUAAUGCGUGGGGUUACGACGAGUACCACCCGAUUGCCAAAAAUGGCCGGCACAUGAUUGCCGGAGGAAUGGGGUGGAUAAUUGUUGAUGCGCUGGACACGUUGAUGAUUAUGAACCUGACGUCGCGAGUGCAACACGCCCGCAGCUGGAUCCACAACUCGUUGCAGUACAACCAGGAUCACGACGUGAACACCUUUGAAACCACCAUUCGUAUGCUGGGUGGCCUACUUUCCGCACACUAUCUCUCCACCACCUAUCCCGAUCUGGCCCCGCUCACCGAUGACGAUGCAGGCGCGCCGGGCGAGGACUUGUAUAUCGAGAAGGCCACCGACCUUGCAGAUCGGCUACUGGGCGCGUUCGAAUCCAGUACGGGAAUCCCCUACGCGAGUAUCAAUCUCAACAAGUCGGAGGGCAUUCCCUCGUACGCGGAUGGUGGCGCCUCGUCUACUGCCGAGGCGACGACCCUGCAGUUGGAGUUCAAAUAUCUGGCCAAAUUGACGGGCGAGGCCGAGUACUGGCAAGCUGUGGAGAAGGUCAUGGAGGUCGUCGACGACCAGAAAAUGGAAGAUGGUCUGCUUCCGAUCUAUGUAUACCCAGAGACCGGCGAGUUCAAAGGCGACAACAUCCGUCUCGGUAGCAGGGGCGACUCAUACUACGAAUAUCUCAUCAAGCAGUACCUUCAGACUCAGGAGCAGGAGCCGGUCUACAAGGAGAUGUGGGAUGAGUCCCUCGUCGGCGUACGCAAGCACCUGAUUACUUACACGCAGAAUGCUCAAUUGACCGUCUUGGGUGAACGCCCGAGCGGAUUGAACGGAGUACUCUCCCCCAAGAUGGACCAUCUGGUAUGCUUCUACCCGGGCACUAUCGCUCUCGCAGCGACCGGUGGACGUCCUCUUGCCGAGGCAAGAAAGUCGCCCGACUGGGGGCAGCGCCAGGAGGAAGAGAUUCUUCUUGCUCGGGAACUUACCAAGACCUGCUGGGCAACGUACCUGGUUACCAAGUCCGGUCUUGCGCCUGAAAUCACCUACUUCAAGGUGGACGAUCCCCGUGUGAUGGAAACAGAUAUGUACCCGGACUCAACCAUUGCCAAACCCGGCCAAGGCCAGCAAUCCCAUUCUGGUGAACUCCCUCUGCUCUCCAGAUCUCUCUAUCCCCUCAACGACUUGACCACGAAAUGGCGCGACGACCUCGACAUCCACAAACAAGACCGCCACAAUCUCCAACGUCCCGAGACGGUCGAAUCCCUCUUCUACAUGUACCGCAUCACCGGAGACGACCUUUACCGCCAUUGGGGCUGGGAGAUGUUCAAGUCCUUCGUCAAGCAUACCGCCGUAGUUGAGGACAUUUCCGCCGAGGAAAUCCUCCAGGACAAUGACGCCAGCACAGACGCCCAGACCGAAGCCCCCAAGAAAAUCACCGGGUUCACCUCCCUCUCGAACGCGGACGACAUCCCGCCAGUUAUGCGGGACAACAUGGAGAGUUUCUGGAUGGCAGAAACUCUCAAAUACUUUUACCUCCUCUUCUCAGAUCGGGACUUCAUCUCCCUGGAAGAGCACGUGUUCAAUACGGAGGCGCAUCCCCUCCCCCGGUUCAAGCCGACCGGGGAGUUAAAGACGGGAUGGGUGAGAAAGAGUCGGACAAAUAGCCAGACAGAGGCGGCAAAUGUAUAGUUUCCUUUUUUUUUCCCUUCUUGGUCCUAAAAAAAUCUCGCUUUAUCUACCUAACCUGGUUGGAUUUGCAAAUUCAUAUCGAAUGUCGCUUGCUUUUCUUUCUUCGUAUCUAUUUUGCAUUGGAGAUAGAGUUUCCGACCUGCGUCCCAUCCUGGGGCUUAUCCGAGGCAGGGACUUGGUUUAAUUCCACUACUG